AUGCUUACUUCUUCCUCGACACUCGAUCUUGACGACGCUUUCGGCGAUGGGGACGAGGAUUUUACCUUCAAUGCUGAUGCAAUACGGCGUGAUAUGGCUACCCAAGAACCGUCUUGGGGUGUAGAAGAAACAACUGAAGCACCAUCAAUUGACCCCGAUGAUUCCGUCUCAACCCUUGACAUAAACGGCCCUUCACGUUCUGUAACUCCACCCCAGAAUCAUGGCGUAGAUGAAGACGACGGGGAGGGACAAUUCUCCCAAAUUUCUCUGUCGGAAUCAACACCAGAAGAGCAGUCAGAGCCGAGUCCGGAACAAGCCAACUCUGAACCAGCCUCACCCCCACUUACACCAUAUCCCAGCGUCAUUAUUGAUGUUUCGCAACCGCCAGCUCAUCGAGUAACACUUUCGGUGUCCUCGGCGGCUGGGAGCGUUUCCUCGAACACCUCGUCACCCCCGCAGCCAGCAUCGGCACAAGCAUCAAAUCUUGACCUUGCGCAGAGCGUGGCGAGCUCAUCCAAGUCAUCUUCCCCCCCUCCUCAACCACCGAACUCUAGUCCACCUAGAACCCCACCCCCGAUUCCGAUGCCUCUGUCUCCCAAAAAACCCGCCCAUCGUACAAUCCGUUCCGCUGGUCCAAGUGCAUUGGAAAAGGUGAUGAGCAGGACUCGACCCCACUACUUACCGCCAAAGCCGCGAAAGGAAGACGAGAAACAUUUGACUGAAUGGGCAGGUAUCAUGAAGCAGAGUCGAGCAGCAGCUGAGAAACGAAGACAAGCUCUCCAGGAUCGUCGAUCAGCUCGCGAAAAGAGAAUCGAGGACUCCCUUCCGAUCUGGGAGAAGGAGAUUGUUCCUAACUGGAAAGCAGUGCACAAAAAUCCCACUCUUCGUAAGCUGUGGUGGCAGGGCAUCCCUAGCAAAUUACGAGCCUCGAUGUGGGAAAACGCGGUCGGUAACCCAUUAGCGUUGAACAAGGACAAUUAUCGGGCGUGUUUGACGCGUUCAAGACGAGCCAUGAGCUCCGGCGCUUUCCCAUCUGCCACUCUCGCACUUAUCGAACAAGACAUAUCCACAACGCUACCUGCACUGCACAUAUUUGACGCUCAAACGGGGCCCCUUCAUCAAGAUUUGAAAGACAUGUUGACCGCAUGGGUAGUCUCACGCAGUGACGAAGGCCUCGGUUAUACUCCUGGAGCUGCAAGAAUUGCAGCGAUGCUCUUACUCAACAUGGCACCGCAACGAGGGUUCAUCGUUAUGCGGAAUCUCCUUGAACGUCAUUGCCUCCGAAGUUUCUUUGGGGGAGAAGGAGCUAAAGAUGAUGUGAAUGCUUACUAUAGAAUAUUCGACACACUGUUAGCGGAUGGAAUGCCAAAAAUCUACUUUAAUUUCAAGCAACAUCUCAUCACACCCUCAUCGUAUUUACCCCAAUGGUUGAUUCCUCUCUUCCUUGAUCACCUCCCUUUCGAAGCCUGCGCUCGAAUAUGGGAUGUUCUUCUCCUUGAAGGGGACUCGUUCUUGUACCGCGCCGCGCUAGGCAUGCUCGCAGUUCUCGAGCCUCGAUUGUUCUUUCCCGACCGGACGGAAUUGCUGGAGCUGCUACGAGGGGAGAAUAAAGCUGCUUUAGACGCCGCUCGACGCGAUGGUGUUUCGUUGAAUGGAGGCAAAUACGAGAUAUAUGGGGUAGACGAGGAGACGCUGUGGGAGAGAAUUGACAGCAUCCAUGAUAGCUGGAAGGACAGCACUUGGUUGAGGUUAAUCCAGCGAGAGCUGCCUGACCUGUAG